GAGCGCUCGGCCGUUUUUUCUCUAUCACUGCAGCAUCAGCGGCGAGAGAAGAGGGCACAAUCAAUUUCACAGAGGGAGAAAAGGCACGAGCAGAUAAGGAAGCAAGCGGGCAAAAGGAGGCGAGGAGCUGCCAGAGGGGACGCGGCACCAGCGCGGAGAGAGGAGACCAGCAGGUGGGCGGGGACCUGACGUACAGAAGGAGACAGGCCACGGAAAACAAGCGGAGACGCGAGGCACCGCAGAUUUGCGAGGCAAAGCAGAGGGCGCUUUGGAAAAAAAACCCAAAAAACAAAAAAAGCUCGCUCUGCACCAGUGUGUGCGCGUGCGAACGAACAGGUGCGGUUUUGAUGGGACAGUGAGCAAUGCCUCACACGCAGCGACAGCAGGUUGGCAGCAGGGGGCGGUGCUCCUCCCACCUCCUCCCCUUCGUCCUCCCCCUCCUCGUCCUCGCUGCCCUGCCCUGCCAAGCAGCCAUACACAUCCCCUCCAACUACCACAUAAAAAACCUCAAAAGGCCUCCGAUCAUCACCACACAGCCAGAGUCCGUCACCGUCUUCAGUAUUGAAGACCUUGUCAUGAGCUGUGAAGCCUCUGGCAACCCUUCACCCAUUUUCCGAUGGACAAAGGAUGGAGAAGAGUUUGACCCAGGCAGUGACCCGGAGCUGAAAGUGACUGAGGACAAUGGCUCAUUCGCAUUCUACACACUCAGUAAUACCAUAGACACCCUGAAGCAGUACCAAGGCAAAUACGUGUGCUACGCUUCCAACGUGCUGGGGACAGCCGUGUCUAAUGAGGCCGUUCUCAGCACCGACGUUCUGCCCCAGCAGCAGAAGGAAAAAAAGGUUAAUAUGAAGUCUGAAGAGGGAAACAGCAUGGUUCUGAAGUGCAACCCCCCACAGAGCUCCAUGGAGCCUAUCAUUCACUGGAUGGACUCCGGACUACAUCAUAUCCAGCUUAAUCAUCGGGUGAUGGCGGGGAAGGAUGGAAACCUGUACUUUGCACAUUUGACCCCCGAGGACACCAGGGACGACUACACCUGCAACGUCCAGUACCUGGCGACACGCACCAUUCUGGCGAAGGAGCCCAUCACUUUGACUGUCACCCCCUCCAACUCAGUAGUACGGAAGCGGAGGCCGGUGAUGAUGCGACCCACUGGCGGUCAAAGCACUUACCACGCCCUCAGGGGCCAAACCGUGGAGCUGGAGUGCAUCGUCCAAGGCCUGCCCACUCCUGAUGUUUCGUGGCUGAGAAAGGACGGCGAAAUGUCGGAAUCCCGGACGUCUAGAGACAUGUUCGACCGGCGCCUGCGCUUCACCGACAUCGCAGAGAGCGACGGGGGCGAGUACCAGUGCAGAGCUAACAACUCGCAAGGGAGGGUCACCCACACUUACACCGUGAUUGUGGAAGCUUCUCCCUACUGGAUCAAGGAGCCGGUCAGCCAGUUAUACGCCCCGGGUGAGACCGUCAGGCUGGACUGCCAGGCCGACGGCAUCCCCACCCCCACCAUCAGCUGGACCAUCAACGGCAUCCUCCUGUCAGAUAUUGACGAGGACUCGAGGCCGACUCUGACAGCGAGCGGCUCUCUGAUUCUGAACGACGUCAGCUUCGGAGACACGGCCAUCUACCAGUGUCAGGCUUCCAACAAGCACGGGACCAUCCUCACCAACACCCACGUUUAUGUUGUCGAGCUGCCGCCACAGAUCCUCACGGAGGAUGGUAACACGUACACAUUUACAGAGGGACAGAAGGCUUUACUGGAGUGUGAGACCUUUGGUUCUCCCAAACCUAAAGUCACAUGGGAGAGCCCCACUCUCUCCACCCUCCUGGCCGAUCCCAGGGUCAACCUACUCACCAACGGUGGGCUGGAAAUCGCUAACGUCACCCACGACGACGAGGGCCUGUACACCUGCUCGGUGCAGAAGGCCAACCUGUCGGUCAGCGCCGAGCUGGAAGUGCUCAACAGAACAGUGAUCCUGUCGCCGCCGCAGGAUCUGAAGGUGCAGCCGGGGAACACGGCGAUCUUCACCUGUGCGGCCUCGGUCGACCCAAAGCUUGCGCUGCCGCUCAUUCAGUGGAGGAAGAACAACCAGAAGCUGUUUGAGUCCAGCAGCGACGAAAAAUACACAUUUGAGGGACCAGACCUGAUAGUAGCUAAUGUCCAGCCAGAUGAUGAAGGCGAGUACACCUGUCAGGUCAUCACUAAGCUGGACAUGGCUGAAGCCAGCGGCACCCUCACCUUAUAUGAUCGACCCGACCCUCCAACCUCGCUCCAGGUCACGGAUCCUAAGCAUCGGACCGUCACUCUCAGCUGGACUCCCGGAGACGACCACAACAGCCCCGUCCUAGAGUACGUGAUUGAAUUCGAAGACCAGGAGUUGAAGCACAAGCGUUGGGAGCAUCUGAUGAAAGUAAGCGGGUCCAAGACGCACGCUACACUCACCCUGUGGCCCAACAUUUACUACCGUUUCCGGGUGGUUGCCAUCAACGAAGUGGGCAAGAGUGAACCCAGCAAACCCACUGAAACCCACAAGACGAUCGCUGAGGCACCAGACAACAACCCUGAAGAUGUCAGGAGUGAGUCCACAGACCCAGACACUCUGGUCAUCACGUGGAAGGAAAUGGACAGGAAGAACUUCAACGGACCAGACUUCACGUACAAAGUGAUGUGGAGGAGGGUGGUGGGCAGUGGGCCUGACUGGCACCAAGAAAACACAACGGCGCCGCCAGUGUUCGUCAGUGACGUCGGCGACUUCUCUCCCUUUGAGAUUAAGGUUCAGGCUAUCAAUUUAAUGGGGGAGGGUCCUGAGCCGGACCCCGUCAUCGGCUACUCGGGAGAAGAUGUCCCUCGAGAGGCGCCGAUGGAUUUGGGUGUUGUAUUAAUUAACAGUACAAGCAUCAAAGUGACCUGGGCACCAGUAGAGAAAGGGUCUGUGAGAGGACACCUGAAGGGAUACAAGAUAUACUUGACCAGGCUUCGCUCCAGGGACCACCAUCGAGGCCGGAGGACCGCUGAGUCAAAGACCCCUGUGGUAGUGGAGACUGGACCUAAUGAGGAGAAGAAAGUGAUCGGCGGUCUUAAACCAUACUCACACUACACUGUGACCAUCAAAGCAUUCAACAGCAAGGGAGAGGGACCCCCUGCUGACCCUGUGACCUUCAACACUGAUGAGGGAGUUCCUGGUCCUCCCAUGAACCUGAUUCUGGACAGCCCAUCAGAGACAGAGAUGAUCCUGCGCUGGACACCUCCUGCAGAGCCCAAUGGAGUCCUCGUGGGGUAUUUGCUGCAGUACCAACAGAUUGUAGAGAGCGAGGACAGCCCCAUGCAGGUGGAGCAAAUAGAUGAUCCCACGGUCGCCCACAUCAGCUUGAAGAACCUGGACCGGCACAGCCACUACCGCUUUUACCUGAGGGGCCGCACCGCUGCUGGGGAUGGAGAGCACAUCACGAGGGAAGGUGCCACCACACUGGAAGGAGCACCUCCUGCCAACAUUACGCUGUCUGUCGGCGAAAACCUGGUGAACCUCAGCUGGGUGGCCAAGAAGAGACACAGGAACGUCGGCUUCCAGAUCCACUACCUCAACAAAAACGAUGGUAGCAAAUGGAAGAAGACGGAGAAGGUGAACUCCUCCCAGUCUUUCUACCAGCUCCAGGGCUUGAAUCCUGGCUCUCAUUACCGUCUACGCUUCACCUACAGCAACACCACCUUCUGGGAUACUGAAGUAAAGACAGCAGGGACAGAAGUGAUGGAGAAGCAGCAGAGUUUUGCAACCCAAGGCUGGUUUAUUGGCGUUGUCAGUGCCGUCGUCCUGCUCCUGCUGAUUCUGCUCAUCCUCUGCUUCAUCAAGAGAAGUAAAGGGGGGAAGUACUCCGUGAAAGAUAAGGAAGAAGGUCCGAUGGACUCAGAAGCGCGGCCCAUGAAGGAUGAGACCUUCGGAGAGUACAGAUCUCUAGAAAGCGACCUGGAGGAGAAGCGCACGGCCAGCCUGCCGUCGCUGUGCGAGGAGAGCAAGCUGUGCAGCGCGGACAACCUGGACUUUAACGGCAGCAGCGCCGUCACCACGGAGCUCAACAUGGACGAGUCGCUGGUCAGCCAGUUCAGCCGGCCCAGCGACGGCCUGCCGGACAGCUCGCCGCUCACCCCGGCCACCAACGGCGUGCCCAACGCGGUCGCCAUCCUCGAUUAACCCGGCGCCGCAGGCCAAAACACGGCUACACACACGUGCCCGUACACCUUCGCUCCCCACUGACUCGCUGAUCUGUACUUUGACGACUAAUACACAAUCAACUUGCGAUUCAGGUGCGCGUUGCUGUCAUCUGAUCAACUGGACUAUUUUGACCAAAGGAGUGUCCAAACUAGUGGACAAGUAAAUACAAGUCUGACUCGCGUGAAGAUGCCCUUUGACCCCCUUUACCCUCUUUUACUGUAUCUGUGUCGUUUACAACAAAUCUAACUGAUGUUAAUCUUUCAGCCUUUCUCUUAGAUGCCAACUCUACAGAAGGAUGAACUCUGAAUGUUGUACAGUUAGAAGCGUCAGGUGGACUGUAGGUUGGUCCUGCUGAUACGCAGAGUUGUACAGUGACGGUGGAGGAUGAUGGUAGAGCCUAAUGUAGGGACAUUUUGAAACUUAGAUAUUUAUCAUGUCUCAUAUUAAUUCACACAUGGUUUUGUAAGUCUGACGCCAUUCGAUGUCUCAUUGUAUUUGCCAGUGACAUUUUUUUCUUACAAACGUGCUUGAAAACACAAAGCGUCUUUUUUUCUUUGUUAAUUGCAAUCUUUAUUUUUUUAUCAUUGUUUUGACAUCUUUUUCUACACUAUUUAUACAUUACCCGUGACUUCACUUCACUGACAUAAUUCAAGGAUGUUUUCACUGAAACUAAGGGGAGCCAAGUUUCUUACGAUAAUUAGGAUUCAAUAGGGAACUUGAUGUGAAAAUGCUGCGAAGCAUCUGGUGUAUAUAGCUGCGUCUACAUCUACCUAUUUAGCCAUAAUACAGUAUUAUAGACAUGUACAUGAUCCUUAUAAGUUCCUGUGCCUGCUGGGUCUGCAUAGAGCACCAGAUUGAUGUCAUUUUCUCGCCUUCCCACCAGAAGUGUAACGUCAAGACUGGAAAUGAUAUUGUAAUUCAUGUCGAGACCAAUGUGUAGCUUUCUGUAUCUGUCUUUGUCUCUUUCUACACUGUAUUAAAAUCAUUGUCGUCUCUAAUUAACAAUCUUUUCAUACCUGUCCAUCUCAUCCAACGAAGCAGUAUUUAUGUCUAUUUAAAGAUUAGUAAGUGGAGUCUCAGCGCUCCAGUUUUAUUUUCAGCCCCUCAUCAAUGCAAGUUGACAUUGCAGGUGUAAUCAUUGCCAGUUGAAAGAGAAUAAAAGCAAACAGCUGGUAUUUGCAUCAAACACAGAGAAUGUAUUCUUUCCAGAGUUGGGCAGACAAUGUUUUCACAUGCUAAUGAUUUCAACAAUCCAAGCUACAAGGUACAAGAGAUAAAUGUGGUUAUGACUUGUAAAGACCUUUUAUUUCCACUGAAUGUAAAUAUAACCUUCCAAGAUUGUUUUGAUGAACUCACCUGUGUUUGAUAUAAAAAAUGUGAAAAAUGUGCAGGUUUGAAACCACGUCAUUUUAAAAUGUUGCAAGUUGUACGUUUUCUCCUUUGUACGAUUGCUAUGAAUUCAGAUCUUCUGUUUUUGACAAAUGACUGCAGCGAGAUUUGGCUGUUUUAUCGAACGUAGCUUAUAGUUGAAAAAAAGGGGGGGGGGG